AUGCAAAACAACAUCAACCAGAUGAACAAAUACAUGGACAUAUUCGUGGCUUUAGACGACCUGGAAAAAGGUUACCAAGAUGAUAUCACACAACUAAAAGAACACUACGAACAAAAACUAACUGAAGAAAAAGAACACUACGAAAAGCUAAAGGAACACCAUGCAAAAGAACUCACCGAAGAAAAAGAACAUCACACAAAAGAAAUCCGAUCCCGUUGUGACAAGAAUGAAAAGAAGAUCAAAAUGUUUCGAGAGAUGAUCCAUCGACUCAAAGUUGCUCAUCCCGACAUUGAAGAGUUAAAAUUAAUGACAUUAUAA